AGGCCCGUAACAACACAGGUAAAGAAAAAGCAAAACUUGGCUUGAGAAGUUGAGAUAUGAAGAGAAAGAGAGCAGAGAAUGAAAUCCAUGAUGAGGUUGAAGAAGUAGAAGAAGAAGAAGCCGCACCCACCAUUAUCACCACUGCAAAAGGCAUGAACAGUAUAGUGUGGCAAACCCCUGCUACUAAUCCUCCUCAUCGCGAUGAUUACAUUUUCCUCAAUGGGAGACGCCAUGUGAAGCCGUAUUACUUUAGGUUCAUCUGCCAUGUGAAAAAUCGAUGGGCUGGGAAAACUAUAGUUGAUUUGUUCACUGAUGAAUUUAAAGGGCGAAAUUAUGAUUACUAUGAGAGAGCUGUUAAAUGUGGAAGAAUACAAGUUGAUGGAAAAAAUGUUUCUAUUCACUAUAGAGUUAAAACUUCAGAGACGAUUAGCCACUUUGUCCACAGGCAUGAACCACCUGUAAUGGCAUGUGAUGUCUCAGUUCUGCAUGAAGAAGAAGAUGUUCUUACUGUCUGCAAGCCGGCGUCUGUUCCUGUUCAUGCUUGUGGUCAAUAUCAGAAGAAUACAGUUGUGGGAAUUCUUGAAGCAGAACAUGGUUUGGCCCCACUAUUUCCGAUACAUAGGUUGGAUCGCCUCGUCUCUGGACUACUUAUAUUGGCCAGGAGUUCAUCCAAGGCGAAUACUUUCAGACAACAGAUUGAAGCAGGACUUGUGAAGAAACUGUAUAUUGCUAAGGUGAAAGGGGAAUUUCCAGAGGGUGAGCAAGUUGUUGAUGUGAAUAUAUAUCAUGAUGCUCGAGAACAAAUAAGUAAUGUGGAGGUUGGAGAUGAUGCCACCAAUGUAAAACCGAAAGGAAAGGCUUCUUCUACGAAGUUUAAAAGAAUAGAUACUAAUGGAGAGCAUAGCAUUGUCUACUGUGAACCUAUCACUGGCCGAACCCAUCAGAUACGAGUUCAUCUCCAGUAUGCCGGUCACCCGAUUGCCAAUGACAUGCUCUAUCUUGGUGAAUCAGUUGGUCGGCGUUCUGCUGAGGAAGCAAGUGCUGAUAGAGUAGCUGCCAGAUCAAAGGAUUCUAUAUCAUCCAAAACUUCUGAAAACAAUGAGCAGCCAGAAGAAGAAUCCUUCGUAGAUUUUACUAACGAUCCUAUGUGUACGCAUUGCCCAAAUUUGGCUCCUACAGGAUAUGGCGGGCUUGAGGAGGGUUUAUGGCUUCACUGCAUAAGGUACAGCGGACCUGAUUGGUCAUAUGAGUGCCCUUAUCCAGAUUGGGCUAAACUUGAUUGAUUUUCCUUCUGGAUUUUGAAAUAUUAGUUGUGUUAUUGAUAUUCAAAUACUGCUCAUUUGACACUUGUUUCUCUGGUUUAAUAUGGAAAUAUAUUUUGGUAGUUCAUCUGAAUGGAAGAACAUAUUUUGGUAA